AUGAAUCACCGCUUUAAACAGAUUUCAGAAGCUAAGCGAAAACCUGCGUGGGCUCGGUUCCCUGAGGUCCAGGCCUGCGAUUCACUCUCCACACCGCUGCGUAGCGAACUAACGCGGGGGCAGCACAGCCGGGCGCAUGCGCAGAGGGUGCCCCUUCCACCCCACUUCCGAACCGAGGUGACUUGUGGGGGAAGCCCCCUUGCGCUUGCGCAAAAGAAAGUCCUGAGGUUUUCUUCCGGCCUUCUGUAUCCUUGCCCUUGCCCUCCACGCGCGAGCAGUGGGCUGCGUUCUUGGGCGAGAGGGAGAGCGAACAAGGCUUCUACGAUACCUCACUGGCUAGCGUGGGAAGCAGUAACCACACCUCUGAAAAAGGACACACUUGGUGCUAAAGCCAGCACAAGCCCAACAAGCCAGUUCUAUUGUGUAAAAGAACUCUUAAAACUCAAAGAUAAGAAAACAAGGAAUUUAAGAAUGGGCAAAAGAUCUCAACAAAGAUAUACUGAUGGCAAAAAAGCAUAUGAAAAGACACUUAACAUAAUAUGUCAUUCGGGAACUGCAAAUCAAAACAAUGAUGCCCCUACACAUCUAUUAAAAUGGCUAAAAUCCAAAACACUGACAAUACCAAGCACUCGUAAGGAUGUGGAGAAACAACUCUCAUUUUUUUGCUGGUGGGAAUGCAAAAUAGGAUAACCACUUUGAAAGACAGCUUGGCAGGUUUUUGUUUUUGUUUUUUUAACAAAGCUUUCCAUAUGAUCUAGCAAUCACACUCCUAGACAUUUACCCAAUUGAGAUGAAAAUUUAUGUCCACACAAAAACCUGUACAAGAAUUAUUUACAGGAGCUUUAUUCCUAACUGCCAAAAACUAGAAGCAACCAAAAUGUCCUUCAAUAGGUGACUGAAUAAACUGUAGUACAUUCAGACAAUGGAAUAUUAUUCAGUGAUAAAUAAAAUGAGCUAUCAAGCCAUGAAAAGAUGGGAAGGAACCUUAAAUGCAUAUUGCUAAGUGAAAGAAGCUAGUCUGAAAAGACUCCAUACUAUAUGAUUCCAAAUAUAUGACAUUCUGGAAAACAGAAAACUUUUAUAAAGGCAAUAGAAUAGUGGUUGCCAGGGAUUUGAGGGAUGGAAGUAAGGGAGUAGUGAUGAAUAGGUGAAGCAGAGGGGAUUUUUAGAGCAGUGAAUGAUACUACAAUGGUGGAAACAUUCAUCAAAACCUAUAAUUGUACAACACAAAGAAUAAUCCUUAAUAUAAAAUAUGAACUUAAGCUAAUAAUUUAUCAGUACUGGUUCAUUAACUAUAACAAAUGUAACCACACUAAAGCAAGAUUUUACUACAAGAAACUUAGAAGGGAGGGAAGUAUACAGGAACUCUGUAUUAUCUCAAUUUUUCUGUAAGUCUAAAAAUGUUCUUUAAAGAGGCUUAAUUUUUUAAAAAGUUUUAUGUAAUAUUUAGCUUUAUUAUUUACAAAGGAAUGAAUUUAAUAGUAUUGUGUGUACUUUUAUUUAAAUAUUUACUGACAAUUUAGAUGAUAUGUCCUAGGAAUAGACUAGGUCAGUCAUAAAGAGACUAGGUAAGGCAUAAAGCCAUUUCUGACCAUUUCCCCUUCCUUUACACCACAGUUUUUAGUCACUAAAAACUGUUAACCAUUCCUUCAACAUAUCUACAUAAUUCUCACUGUUUUUCUUAAAAAAACAAAACCAAGCCUCUUUAGAUUAUAAAUGUUAGUUGCUGCAAAUUUGAAAAACAGAAAAGCAUAAAGAAAAAUAAAAAGUACCCAGAGAUAACCACCACUACUACAUCCCAGCUGUGCUACAUACAAGCUGGAUGACUUUGGACAAGUUAUCUGAUCUCUCUGUGCCUCAGUUUCCUCAACUGGAAAAGUCUGGGAAUCAAAGACUAAGUCUGUCACUAAACCCCAGCAAAAUUUUAGAGUAGUUAAUUAAACAGAUGGCUUACAUGUCUGCACUUAAACUUCACUGGUCUAUAUAGGCAAGUCUAUAGAACACCAACUGGAUUUCAGAGAUUUGUUCAGAAUCUCCAGAUUGUCUGCAAACUUGAUCCUGGUCUAUGCUUGAUAUGAUUUUCUCUCCCAUCUAGAAAUCUUGGCUCAGUAACCUCUAAUCCUUACAUCACCUUUAGAAACCUCAUUUACUUUUGUAAUACUGUCUGGUUAUGAAAACUUUUAUUAUGAAAACCAGUGUACUGAAAACUUGAUUCAGAAUUAAAAACAAAUUUUAAGUUCUGGAAAGCUUCUAGAACUUGUAUAUAAUUAAAUGAAUAAAUACUGACUAAAACUUUCUUAUUAUAAAACUCUACCCAAAAAUGUGCUAAUAAGUAAAUCCAGAGUUUUGAAGAUGUGAGGUUUUAUAUUUGCAAAAAUAUGGUAUUAUUAUUAUUAUGGCACAGUUCAUUAAAUGAGUUUUGGGUUCCCAAUUGUAGCCACUUAAAUUAUACCUCCUUACAAGAUCAGAGGAAUUUAAGGUGCUGUUUUCUGAUGCAACCACUCAUCUUUGGAGAUUUAAGACCACCAUAGUGGUAUUUCACUACUGAUGCAAGUUUCUCCAAAGAUAGUAAUUUGCACCAAAAAGCAGAACAGGUCACCAGAGGACCUGGGUUGUAUAGGAGUUGGAAAGUCAUAUUACUUUGAGAAAAGCACUGCAAGAAGUAUUUCCUCAGGAAAGUCUGAAGCCUUGAAAAGAUGACUGGAAAACAGGCACAAUUCUAUGGUUAAAGUCUGGAACUGGCUCCAAUGGGUGGUGUAUUUCAAACACUUGGAUAAAGCAAUCACUGGUCACUGACGCUAGCUGGCUUUUGUGGCAGAAAAGGCUUCCAUUAAGAAAAUUUUCUGGGUAAGGAAAUUUAGUCCAUAAGAAUUUACUAUCUGGAAAAGUGAAUUAUAUUUCUCAAAUAUUUCUUCUGAUGAAAAACAAACUCACUGUGUCUUAAACCAUCUCUCUCGGGACUUCCCUCGUGGCGCAGUGGUUAAGAAUCCACCUGCCAAUGUAGGGGACACAGGUUCGAGCCCUGGUCUGGGAAGAUCCCACAUGCCAUGGAGCAACUAAGCCCACGUGCCACAACUACUGAGCCUGCGCUCUAGAGCCCGCAAGCCACAACUACUGAGCCCGCGUGCCACAACUACUGAAGCCCAUGCGCCUAGAGCCCAUGCUCCGCAACAAGAGAGGCCACCGCAAUGAGAAGCCCACACACCACAACAAAGAGUAGCCCCGGCUCGCCCCAACUAGAGAAAGCCCGCACGC